AUGAGGUAUGGUGUAAUGAAACAAAAAAAAAAGACCCAACCAACACAGGACAGUUCCGUGACGCAUUUUAAUGUUUCAUCUUCUGUGCUGGAGUGGAAAGUGGCAGUGAUGGUUAUGGUUAUUAUGGUUGUACUGGUAUACCGAGGGCAACAGGAAAAUUUUGUAUUAGUCGUUCGUAAAGAGCUGGCGCCGUGCGCGCAAAUGCUCGCCAAGGAUUCGAAUCCAAACGUGCGCAGUUCCGUGGCGCAAAGGCUUGGCGUAAUCGCUCAGUCGCUAAACAAUGCGAAUGACUGUGCAACAUUACUUCUUCCUUGUUUAAUUGAACUUUGUAAAGACGAUGAUCUCGGCGUACGAGAAGCAAUUCUCAAUACAAUUGCUGUUUGCCUUCCUCAUUUUUCGAAGGGUAUAUACAUUUUAGAAUUUAUAUCAAUCUGUCAUAGUGCUAAUAUACCUUAA